GACCGGUUUGGCCAUGUGGCUUGCUGCUAACAUGUCUAGGCGUCUCAGCUGAAGCUGUCUGUCCAGAACGGUAGGCCAUCACAGCUGACUCUAUCCCCUUCUGAUUUACCACUCACUGCGUCUCCAAAUCCAAGCCAUGACCUUCCCCUCAUUCCAAUUGACCACGAGGCCAAACACCUCGUCUGUCUCUAACCCCCAAAGCUUCCCCCCUGGAGGGCCGAUAGAUCACCAGGUUGAGAGCAAUUGCCCUCAAAAGGGCUACUUCGUCCUCCUUCGUCCCAGCUCGUCCGAUCCCUCCCAAGGGCGAAACAAUGGCGAAUGGGGAGCAAUGGGUCCCCCUCAAUCAAUUGCGGGGGGAGGGGCACACUUGUCGCAGCCAGAGAGCCAACGGCGCUGCUGCUUGGCUGACAAGCUGACCAUGGCUGUGUGGGGGAAAGCUCACCGCCACAGAGGAUCCGAUGAUGAGACUCGGCCAGGAAUGACGCCCACAACGGACGACGACGAGGCCGGGGUGGCUGAGCGGGCAAUUGCUAUCUACGGCACUGUGAUAAGCAUCCUGACUCGGCUUCAGGGGUUUGGGAGUUACGACGGCGUAGGAUUUGCUUCAGGGGGGAGGCUGAUAGGAUGCGUUCAAAGUGUACUCGAAGUGCACGAAGCAACAUGGACGGGAUAGGACAAAAUGCACAACGCCCAGACCAACCCCGCGUUUGGCGCCCACCCACCAGAAGAGACACAAGGCAACGAGGCAACCAGGCCCAGGAACACAACAAGGCACAAGGCAAGGUCCCGCAGGACAGGGCAGGUCACAGGCGGACAGGGAGCUCCACGGCGUUGCCGCAGUGAGGUGAGCGGGCGGUCGUAAG